AUGAUGGACAACUACGAGAAAGUCAAGAAAAUAGGUGAAGGAGCGUUUGGAAAAGCGCUUCUUGUGAAGAAAAAGGAAGACGGAAAACAUUAUGUUAUCAAGGAAGUCAAUACGUCAAGAAUGAGAAACAAGGAGCGAGAAGAAGCUAAGAAGGAGGUGAAAGUCCUAGCUCAGAUGCAUCAUCCCAAUAUAGUGGCGUAUAGAGAGUCAUUUGAAGCAAGUGGCACCAUGUACAUUGUGAUGGAUUAUUGUGAUGGAGGUGAUCUUUACUCAAGAAUCAACAAACAGCGAGGACAACCUUUUCCAGAAGAUCAAAUUGUUGACUGGUUUGUUCAACUUUGUUUGGCUGUUAAACAUGUUCACGAUCGUAAGAUACUUCAUAGAGACAUCAAGACUCAGAAUAUCUUUUUGACAAAGUCUGGUAGAGUAAAGUUGGGAGAUUUUGGAAUUGCAAGAGUUCUGAACAGUACUGUGGAAUUGGCUCGAACUUGUAUUGGAACGCCAUACUAUCUGUCUCCAGAGAUAUGUGAGAAUCGCCCAUACAACAACAAAAGCGACAUUUGGGCAAUGGGCUGUGUGUUGUAUGAAACUACGACUCUUAAACAUGCUUUUGAAGCAGGAAACAUGAAGAACCUUGUCAUGAAGAUCAUCAGAGGUUCAUAUCCACCAGUUUCAUCGUCUUACAGUUAUGACCUCAGACAUCUGAUAGCACAGUGUCUUAAACGGGGUCCAAGAGAUCGCCCAACAGUGAAUGCCAUUCUCAGGAUGGGAUUUAUUCAGAGAAGAAUUGAAGGCUUUUUGUCACAGUCGAUUAUUGCUGAUGAAUUUGCUCACACUAUUCUUCAUCGACGACCGGCAGUUCCUGCAGCUGCACCUGUUAGACAAGCUGCUGGUUUGGUAGUCAAAAAAGCAGCAGAACCGGCACCACCAGCUGUUGUAGCACCAUUUAAUCGGAGGAACCCGGCAGCAAUAUAUGGAGCUCCCGUUAGACCUCAACAGCGACCUGCCAGACCAGGUGCAAGAGUAGCAGCAAGGCGUCCUGCUGCAGAUGGUGCUAAAGCAGCUGCUUUGAGACUAAAGGAGAGAAAAGAGCGAGAAAGAAAACUACAAGAAAGGAAAGAACAAGAAAGGAAAGAAAAGAUGCUUGUAAUGCAAAAGAAACGGAAAGAAGCGGAAGUAAGGUAUAAGAAGCAGCAAGAUGAUAUGAGAGAGCAGAGAGACCGUUAUGAAGCAAAUGUAAAAAUGCGUCAGCAACAGAUUGCUGAUAGGCAGCAGCAGAGAAUGAGAGCUGAAUCAGCCAAAGGUUGGCAGAAGACUUUGUCCAUGGCAGAGACACGACCGUUACCUCCUGAUCCAUUGGUAGCGAACAAAGAUGAACUUGUUGAGAAAGUCACAGAACUGAAACAACCUCAGGAUUCUACAAAUGAACCUGAAGAGCAAGGUUUUGGAGGUGAUGAGAAAAGAAAUGAGAAUGUUGUUUGUGUUGCGCAAUCCAAAGAAUUGAAAGAAGGUUUUGACUUGCCAAAACCAGCUGCCAAUCCAGCUGUAGCUGCAGCUUAUCAAGCAAAAGCUGACAGAGAAAAGGCUGCUGUAGCAGCUGAACGUGCUCGCAUUGUUGAAGAGUUUUUGUCAAGGAGAAAAGAAGCAGCUGCUAACAGAGCACGAGCUGAAAUUGAACUUGGAUGGAAGGGUCAGAUGAAAAACUUUGUGGCAUUUAGUGAAGUACCUAAAGCGGGUGAUGUUCUAUCUCAGCAUCGAGAGCCGCAUUUGAAACCAUCAGGCAGAAAUGCAGCUGAAAAAGAAUAUCUGGCUCGGCUUGAAGCUAUUCGGCGACAAAACUUCCAAGAGAGGCGCAAUCUCUUACAGAGAAACAAUAGACAGCAAGUAUCAGAGCCUGCAGCUGAUGAUACCAGUCCACUAAAGGCUCGAGAUGACCCACAUUUUGAUCCUGAUGCAAGGAGAAGGAAAAUUGCUGCUUUGAAGGCUCAAGCCGAUCUGAGAGCAGCUCAAUUGAAGGAACAAUUGGAGAAGAAACGUGCUGCUGAGAGCAAAGUUCAAGACGCACAAGCAAACAAGGACACAGAUAGAAAGAGACAGGAGCAGAAUAUUGGAUUCAGUGUUCCAGUAAAGGAGAAGGAAGUGAAUGUGACAAGAGUAGUCAAGCCUUCUCAGCAGGCUCACAUGGUUUCUGAAAUUGCUGCUGAUGUUGCGUCUCGCAAGAAGUGGGGCAACCGACCAGCAGAGGCAGCAGUAGAUGUCCCCCUUUCUCGUAUGAAUCUAGAAGUUACUUCAUCUAAUAUGGAAGCUACUAGUGCGAAUGAUAAAGUUGUAGUUCCCAGUUCUUCUGUCAGUGAGUUGGAAACUGUACAAGAAGGUCCAGGAGAGUCAGACAGAAAGAAAUGGGCAAAGCCAGCUUAUGCUGUAGCUUUAGCUGUAGACAAUGUUGCACUUCAAAGCACUCACACUAUUAAUCCUUUGCAAGCGAUAGAGGGCGACAGUAACAUUGAUGGCAAGGAGGAAGUGAACAUCUUGACAGAUAAAUUGGAUCACCAUACUGGAGCAGUUGAAACUCUGUCAAAUUCAGCUAACAAGAAAGUCGGAGGACCUGUUACUGUCAAUCAAGUAUUAAAAGCUGAAGAUGCUCCACCUAAACCUGGCAGUUCUUCUGAACAUAGAAAGAUGGAUGACAAUGUGCCUGAUGGAAAGACAGAAUAUAAUGUUAAAGAAGAGCAAGAGGAAAGUAGUCAACAAAAUCCAGAGCAAGUAUUUGUAGAAGGAGAUUUAGAGGUUGAAGAAAUUGACUCAGAAGCAGUCGAAUCCGAUUCUGAGCUUAAAGAAUUGUCACCUGAAUUUUCAUCUUUCACUGGUGGACACAAUCUAGAUGUUGAAUGUGCUAGUGAGGCCACUUCUAUUUGCAGUGCCAUGGCUGUAGCAGGCUCUCCUCCACGUACGUCUCCGACUCCAACACUCACUCCACCUGGUGAAGAGGAAGAGAUUGAUAUUGAUGUGACUGACAUUGAUAAAGGAGUUGAGAAGGUUGCAAAUCCAAUUGAACAGCUAGCAAAUGCAGCAUUCGAAGGAGAGAAAGAAAGUGAUUUGGGCAGUUGUGAUGAAGUCGAUAACAGUGGCAGUGGUCUAAAUAGCUCUUUCUCCGAUGGUUUAAAGACGGGAUCAUUUGAUGUUAAUGUCAAGAUUCUUCGUACUUGUUCUAUGCCUGAUUUAAAGAAGGUGCUUAAUGCAGAGUUACCUGAGGAUGGGGAUUUUGUAGUUGGUCAUAAGAACAUUGAUGAAAGUGAUCAUGUAGAAGGAGCAGUGUCUAACAACAUUCCAGGAUCACAAAUUGCAGAAGCUGAUGAUCAAGCUGUUGUUCCAAUGGAACAAGCACAGCUGAAAGAUGACCAUCCAGAAGUAUCAUCAGAUGGUGAUGAUGAGGAGAUGCUUGAGAUGUUGGCAACAAUGAAGACAUUGCUAGAAGACAGCUAUGCUGAAGAAGAAGAAGAAACCAUGGGAGAUGUGGGAAAUGAAGAAGACGACACAAGUGGCAGUCAACAAGAUAGUGACGGUGAAAGUAAUGCUGACAACCAAAAGAAUUCAUUUUCUCUAAAUGAGUCUUGGACCAAUUCAGAUGGUGACUCUAGUGAUCAAGGGGAUGUCAGUAAUGAUGAUAAUGAGGCAAUGGUAGCUAGUGAAUUUGGACGACUGGAAGAGACUAGGCAUGAGCUUGAAAAACAGCUUGGAUUUGAUCGCUUUAUGAAGGCAUACAGAUUUAUUGAGGCAAUACAAGAAGAUGAAGAUGAGGCAAUUAGUGUGAAUGACAAACAUGCUGUGCAAGUGGGAGAGAUGCUGGGGGAAGGGAAUGAUCAUCUGUAUCCAGCAAUAUUGAAACUUGUAAUGGCUGAUGCUGCUUAUUGUGAAACAUGUGAGCCAGAUUCAGAUAAAGAUGGUUGAAGAUAUCAAUUCAAGUUGAACAGGCAGAAUAGACAAUGUAGCUACUGAUGCAACUUAGCAGGUUUAUUGUUGGUGGUCUAGGUAGCUAUUUUCAGAACUAUUAUAUAGUCAUAUAUGGUUUGUAUUGAAUUUACUUGCGUUGAUAUGGUUCUAUUA